AUGGGUAAAGUAGAAUUAUCUUAUGCCGUUCUCAAAGCCCGCCGUGAACACGUCGAGAAUCUAUUUUCAAAGCAAUUCCACUGUGCACAUUGUCGCACCGAAGAUCCAUCAAGAUUUGCACCAAACAAUGGUUUUUAUUGCUUGUCUUGCCGAGAGAAAAUGCUACUCGUCGAUGCUGGAGUUCCCAUCAAUGAUGCUUUCGGGCCUGAAAGGAAAGUUCCCAGGGCUGCCAGGGCUGCCAAGUCUCUUACCAAGGCUGCCACCAACUCUAUUGUCAAGGUCAUUGUCGAUCCUGUUGUCAAGCAGAUCCGUAAAAUGAUGAAUGUUUUAUAUUCAGCUUCACAAGCUAGAAUCUCAAAUCCCAAGCACCCGUGGAACAAGACUGAGGUGUAUAAUAUCAGUGUAGACUUUUUGGUGUACCUUUGUGGUGACCAAGGUGCUUUAUGUCCCAUCCUCAGGGUCCGUUUGCGUUUCAAGUCAAAGUCCAACUUCAAAGCCAGCCUCGACCGGAUCAACGAUAGUAUCACCUAUACCACCACCAACUGUCGCAUCAUUUGCAGUGAAACCAACACUCCAUCCAAAUGGACCGAUACAGAUCCAGCCAAGCUUAUCGAGUGGUAUCAACAACCAGCCUUUUCAAACGAUGCACUCGAUUUUCUCUUUUCCCAGACUGAGAUGGUGAUAGCUCUCGACAAACUCAUCACAACCACGACUCAAUCUCUUACCAGAAAGAGCGAAAACAGACCAUUCGUUGGAAAGUAUGAAAUUUGUUACGAAUUUUUUGCUCUCAUGUUCUAUUUCCAAGGUGGUCGUUGCUGGUAUACUGGGGCGCCAUUGGGUAUCACGAGUCCAAGCGAAAGAACAUCAGUGCUUGCUCAUCCAUGCGCGGCAUCACCAGAGCGCCUCGAUGUGCUCCAAAACUAUACGCUCGCCAACACUGUCCUAAUUGAACGUCGUUGCCAAUCUGCCAAUCAAAGAGCAAACUAUGAUGACCCAAACUCGGAAGAGUAUGGAGAUGCCAACUGGAAUAAGUUGAAGUUCCACUAUGUGAUGCAUUGUCAAGAAUGUUACAACUCGAAUCCUCGUAUUGUUCCAGAGUACUACGAAGAUUGGCUCUUGGCCAACCCCGAAAUUCAAAAGAUGGUCGAGCAAGAAGAGAGUCGUCGUAUCAUAUUUGUCGAGUUUGCCAGAAUCCUCUUGGAAAAGAUGAAGGCCAACCUUGUCGACUUGAAUCAAGGUAUUGAAAUGGUCAAAUUUAUCAAAUUGUUACCAAAAGAUCAAGAUUAUAACUAUCUUUUAGAUUAUAUCUUUUAA